AUGGCAUUGAAUUUAUUUCAAGAAGUUAUUUAAAAAAUUCCGCUAUUUGAAAAGACGCCGUGCAUGUGGCAUGGAGGCCGGUGUCGGGCGACAGUCGCGUCUGUUGGGCCGGCUGCUCGGCAAGCUGCGUGGCGACCAUCACAAGUACAACACGCUCGACAAACGCUUCUCUAUCACCUCUAGCGGCAUGAGCGAGAGCACCGGCUGCGGGAGCACCAAUGACGAUGAGGAGAUGGAGCUGGGCGCAGGCACGGUGCCGCCCAUCUCUUCCAGCGCACCCAUCGACGACGGACAGUUUGCUGCCAAUAUAGAUCUCAGGUACGGAGGACAAUAUCUGACGCCGGAGCAGUUGCCAGAGUUCUGUGACCAGCUUCAUCACCUGGUCGAGGUUAUCAGAAACAUACAGUCUUAUGCGAAAGUCACGGGGGAGUAUCCAAGUAAACUAGAGCGCCGUUUGGAAGAGGAGGCGCGCGAGGUGUCAGCACUGGCGGCGGAGGCGCGCAACGCUCGGGAGGUGGUGGCUCGCGCGCGCACUCAGCGCCGGGCGGUGCGCGCGCAGAGGAAACAUCUCACCGCGCAUCUCGCCAGUCUGCGGGAGACUGAGGUUCGUGAACUGGAAAGCACCGUGCGGCUGUCGGAUAGGAAACUGUACAAGAGUUGGGAGGUGCUCAAAGACUCCACCGACCCUGUGGUCUUCGAACCUUUGCUCGAUGAAGUUAAGAACAAGCAAACGGCACUGGAAUGUCUCGUUCGUUUGAUAGAAAGCCGACAGUCUGCUCUCGCUCGCACAACAGCGCCACCACAACCGUUACCUCCACCGGAACCGAGGGACAAUGAAGACACAACAGCUACUACAGGACCCUAC